AUGCCCUGCGACUACGAUGUCGAAAACACACGACAGUUUCCUUCCAUAAAGCUUCUGAGCGCCCUUGACUCUUUACUGCGAUGUAUCAAGUAUAGUUCCUCAGAGGAACUGCAAUAUCUGAUCCAUGUAAUCCGCUACGACUCUCCGAUACAGGAAGUGGUCAAAACUUUUCAACACAAUAUGCAAGCACUAUCGCGAGCAGGAUACGUCCGCAAAGAUGAAGUGGCCAAUGGCGACGAUGUUCUGGCUGUGGCUCUUCAGCAAAUUCCUCGACAACAAUCAUGGUCUGGGUGCCCAGUGAACGGCGUCGACCGUGCAUCGUCAAUGUGGAAUCAGUCCGGAUCUCCUAGCUACUUUCUUGCCGAACGUGCUGACGCGAUCACCAAUUCGGUCCCAGACGGCAAUGUAUUUGAGCCAAGUCAAGCCUGUUUCCAGGAUAUGCUCAUGUCAAGACCGAUGACCGGUCAACUUCAAGUUCAAUCUGUCUCUGUCGACGCUUCUGAACCGUCUCUCAGCAUUCGAUAUAAUGAUUGGACUAGUCGCACUGACCCUGGGUACUUCUCUCAAGGUAGUCCGAUGUGGAACGCGACGACUGGACCAAAUGGCGCAGAGGUCACCUCCAUACCGGCCCUGCCUAUGCAUAAUGAAGUCGAUGAGGGAUCUAUUUGGAGAACUACGUUGAGGGAGCACGAGACCCAGUACACUUCAUGGGGAGGUAUAAUAAUCUCCAUCUACUCAACGAUCGGGGCGAGUGCUGAAGACUUUAUCAACAAUGUCAAGGUCAUUUAG